AUGGAUGCUUCUUCCACUAUCAGCACAGGCAAUGACCGUAAUAACCAAGGUCUGCCUUCUGCCCCUGCCACGGUUAACGCCGGCUCAAUCAUAAGCACGCAAGUAACACCUAAGCCAACGGUCAUUGGUCUUUAUGGUAUUUCCGGCUCGGGCAAGUCAUUCUUGCUGGAAUAUCUGCGACAGAAACUCAGCCCGGCCGAAUUCAUUUUGUUCGAAGGGUCAGACAAAAUUGCAUCCCUCAUUCCUGGUGGUCUGGAGGCUUUCCACAAGCUGGACGCACAGGACAAGUCAAACCUGCGUGGCCAGGCAAUCGACGCGAUUAGGAAGGAAAGCCUUGACAGUGGGCGAACUGCAAUCGUGACUGGACAUCUCAUGUUCUGGAAAGAACAGGAUGCUUCUGGCCAACUAGUGUAUACUUCGAAUGACCUAGCAACGUUCACGCACAUCAUUUAUUUGAAUAUGCCGGUCGGUCUUAUCUCGCAGCGCUGCUUGAAUGACGAACAGAAACAUCGCAUUGUCAUGUCUCACGACCACCUGCGCAGAUGGCAAGAGACAGAGAUUUCCCUUUACGCAACCUCUGUCGCUAAGCUGGAUGAAAUCCUCGCUUUGCCCAAGCAUGAUGAUCUUGAGACGGUUUUAGUGAUGGAUGGCGACAAGACUCUCACAUCAGAAGACACGGGCGUUUUGUUCUGGGAAACACUUGCUCGGGCUCAACCGAGUUUGGUAACAGGAUCUCCAUUGCAUGAGCUCUUCAGCAGUCGCCUUGGUUAUUCGGAAGCUGCAUUUCACCAAGCAACCUUAUUGUACGAAGAGGUAGCUGAUGAUAAACAAUUUGAGACCGUGUGCGAUGCCGUGGCUGCGGGCAUAGUGAUGCACCCACAAAUCACCUCCCUCCUGCGACUUGCCGCGGAACGGAGACAUAUUGGUACUCUAGUUGUCACAUGUGGGCUUGGUCACGUUUGGAGAAAGGUUCUGGAGAGGUACAAAUUGUCAGAGACGGUCUACGUCAUCGGUGGAGGUCGAAUUAAGGAUGGAUUCGUGGUUACUGCAGCGGCUAAAGCUGCCAUCGUCUCUCAACUACGAAACGCCCAUCUCUAUGUUUGGGCAUUCGGGGACAGCCCCUUGGAUCUGCCGAUGCUUAAGGGUGCUGAUCAAGCUAUUGUCGUUGUUGGCGACAAGCAGACUAGGAGCUGGAGCAUGGACGAAGCCUUAUCUAAAGCUAUGGAUGAUGGAAACUUCCGAGCACAACAGGUUCUUCUCCCGAGUCAAUCAACACCGCGUCUGGACGAGGGUCGGCUGCCUUUAGCUCACCUAGAUGAUCGGCUGUUCAUCGAAUCAGUCAUGUGCCACCGCCGCUCCGUCCAGAUACUGCACGCUACGGACAGGCCUGUAGCACAACUGUUGACGACACCAACCCGUGACGCUUCUAUUUCUGGCCCUGCCCUAAGGCAAGCCCAUGGGUUGGUCGGACAGUACUUGGCCACCGAAUUCGUUACCCAACUGAUUGGUCUUCAAGAGUACAACAUUCCCCACGUACAGGGUCACCAAACGACGGGCCAUCGACUGCGCAAUGAAGAGAAAACUUCUAUUGUGGCGUUGAUGCGUGGUGGAGAGGCUAUGGCCUUCGGGGUCAAUAUGGUGUUUCCUCAGGCAAUGUUUAUCCAUGCCUCAUCCCCACCGGACUUGAAAGUGCAUCACGUAGAUCAACAGCGCACCAUUAUUCUGGUUGACUCAGUUGUGAAUAGCGGAAAAACACUGAUGCAAUUCAUCGAGCACGUCCACGGCCUACAGGCCAAUGUCCGCAUCAUUGUUGUAGCAGGCGUUGUACAAGCGGACGUGGUCGUGGAGACGCAUCCACUCGCAGACCUCAUGAGACGUUGCGGCGCCAGCCUGGCCGCACUGCGACUUUCGAAGAACAAAUUCGUAGGCACCAAAGGCACUGACACUGGCAAUCGACUGUUCAAUACUACGCAUCUAGCUUGA